GGCGGGGCAGACAUUACAUUAUUACACUAUUCCUUUAGAUGUGAAUUCAAAUGGUCAAUGUAGUCCUCGAAACUAUGUUCUAAAUGUCCACAUUUUCAUAUAUAAAUAUAGAAUUGUAGGCAAUGCACUUAACAAAUAAUAAUAAAAAAUUGGACCCCCCCAAUGUCUAAACCAUGGUUACGCCCUUGGACUAUGGUGUUAAAUUCUGCAAUCCACUAUCCAACUAUAAUCCACAACCAUCAAGAGUUCCUCUUGUCGAGGUGAUUUGUUUUUCUGAACUUUUAUUGAUAGUUCAAACUGAUAAUAUCCUCUCUGAUGAGAAGGCCUGCCAAGUCAGAAGGUUUAUUCUUUUUUUUUUCUGAAAUACCGCCUCUUUGGACGGUAUUAGUCAGAAGUGCUAAGUAAAAUGGUCAAUUUAAUAAAAAAAAUGAAAGUCAUACAUAUCUUUAAGCCGGGAAAACGGCAUACAUAGGAAAACAACCACACUGUCAACAGCAGCAGAAAUAUCUGGUAGAAAAAAUGUAAGAGAAGAGAAUAGCUAAGACAGACACAAUAUGGCCAAAAGAGGCAACGUUUGAUUCAGUACUGUGUGGGGAGAUGGAAGUAAUGACAAAAAACUACAAGCAUAAGAAAAAAAGGAAAGAAGGCUCUAGCGAAAAGGGAAAGGAGAUAAUAUAGUAUUGGCAUUGUUCAGAAAGGACGGAGGGCUACGGAGGCAGAGAGAAAAGGCAGCAAGGGAACAGGUGUAGUGGAUUCCCGGAGCAAGUAUUGACAAAAGAUCUCAGCUUCUUCUUAUCCACACACACGCACAACAGUUUCUUUGUUCGAGGUUUCCACCCACAAUCAACCAUGAGUUUGUCUAACCACAUUAUCAACAAAAUAAUUUUGGACACCAGUCUGAGGUCAGCACGCAUUAACCCCAUAGCUUCCUGCUCCUAUCAUGGGUUCCACCAUCUGUUCUGACCCCAGACUCCCAGGCACCGUGUGUUUUUCUACCAUUAAGAUAUACAGGCCUAAUAAUAAUCAUAGUUUACCAUAGAAUAUAAUCAUUAAUUUCUACCACACUGGUUAGCGGGUUUGUUAAAGAAGUAGAAUCACCACAUUGCAAGGCACAUCCACCACCCUACAACACAGGUUUAUCAGAAGAAGGAAGCAGCAGGGAUCCUGAACCACAGAGAGGGACAGCAGCAUCAGGUCAAAUGGAUUGGUAAGUAGGCGCAAAGCCGAGUGCGAUGGCACCAGUGGUCCAGCGUGCCCCGCCACAAACAUUCUUUCCCCAAGCUCCGCCCCACGUGUUCCCUCCCAUAGCACAACAGCCUCAGAGCCAACAGGCCCCUGCACUAUCCGAUGUUAAUGUAUACUCACAGGGGGGUGGGGAUCCGAACGAGAGAAACAGACAAGAGUCAGGAUAGGGGACCACAAGGAUGCUUUAGAUACAGCCAGCAGCGGGGACCCCCUAGUCAGUGCCCAGGGCCUGUGUUGUGUUGGAGAUUUAACGAGGAGGGUCACAUCAGAAAUAGUUUGCACUGUCCCCUUCCCCCAAUGCAGCAAAGAGUCCAGAAUAUGUUAUCACCGUACUCUACCGCAUGAUUAAUGUUAUACUGUGAAGCCAUAGGCCUGUUUUUGGGUCAGCCUGUUUUACAUUUGUUGUUAUUUGCACAUUAUGCCUAUAAGUGUAGGCUAUUUGCACUGUUGCAAUGCAGUUUUUUAUUUUUUUUUAUAAUACUUGACAUGUUUCAAACAGGCACCACUAUUGUUUUAUAUCUGUUGUUAAAGCACAGCUGUGCUUCGUUGAGCAAAAAAAAAAAACUAAACCUAAAUAAAUGGUUAAUGGUGAAUUCUUGUGGCGUGAAGUUAAAACUACACACUUUACCCGUUUUGUUCAAAAUAUCGUUAUAAUAUUGUACAUCGCCAUUCUAACAAACGAGCUAUGAGUUUUGGUCCAUAUCGCCCAGCCUUAUGACAAUGAGCAGAAACCUCAUGGAGACUUCACUAGUCUCCACAAGUGCGCAGAUAGAUGAGCAACGUUAACUUCAGUCCACUAGGUAGGCUGGUAGAUUGAUAUAAACGACAAAUAUGACAAAAAAGGUUAGUCAACACCUUUUUUCCAUGACAAAGUUGACGAGCAAAAUAUAGCCACGUUGAAGCUUUCAGAGUCAAACCGCAAGCAUACGACCCAUCAAACCGGUGUGUGUGUCAACAUAGAUAGAUAGACAGACCAGCUGGCAGCACUUCCCAUUUAUUUUUACAUAGGCUCUGACACUACAACCACCAUGAUGACCGAGGAACACAAAGCGGCAGCUAACCCUGGGCGACCGAAGGGGGUCCCCGUGUGUCGACGUCUGCCCAGAAGUGCCGUCAUCUUCCUUCUCCUCGCACUCUCUGGUCUCAUCUUCCUGUGGCGCAACAUUCUCACUCUGGAGCCCCAGAACAGCAACCACACUGUCCUCGCCCAGAAGGUGCCCCUCCCUCCGUACAACAACCACACCUUCUGCAGCCACUUGGAGCCCACCCCCGACGAAGCCCUGGAAGACCGCGCCCUCCUCGACGCCAUCGACUGGCCCAAGCCCCCCGCCCCCGCGUCGCUCAACCAGACCAGCGCCCCCGGCCACAGCCUGUUCGCCAUUCUGCCCUCCAAGGGCGGGAGGGAGCGGCGUGUGGGGGACCAGCUUGAGGCCCUGGUCCAGAUGCUGGACUUCCAGGGCCGUCCCAAGCACUACGGGGGGGACUUCCUGGUGGCACGGCUGCACUCCCCGGAGCUGGGGGCAGGAGUGGCGGGCACGGUUGUGGACCACCUCAACGGCUCCUACUCGGCACUGUUCCCCCUGCUGUGGGAGGGUCCGGCCCAGGUGACGAUCACCAUGGUGCACUCCAGCGAGGCGGUGGCCGUGCUGCGGCGGCUCCGGGAGCAGCGGUCCGACCGCUUCUUCUUCCAGAGUCUGUUUCGCUCGGGCGAGCGGUCUGAGACCUCCGUGUGCAACAUGUGCCUGCCGCACAAUCGGCCGCAGGAGCCGCUGUGCAACUACACAGACCUCCACACCGGAGAGCCCUGGUACUGCUUGAAGCCCAAGCGGCUGAGCUGUGACACCAGGAUCAACCAUUUCAAGGGAGGCUACAAGAAGGACCUCGUCACCCACAAAGAAGCGCUGCUCUUUCAGAGCCGUGUUAACAUCAAAGUUGUCAUCCAUGAGUCAGGACCGGAUCGGAUAGAUGUGCUUCCAAAGAAGAUAGAUGACCAAGAAUUAAAAAACCGCAGCAUCGAACCAGGGCCGGUCAAGUACAAUCCUUCUGGGUAUUACUACAAAGGCUCCUGGAGGUCAUUCGAUGGAACACCUGUUCGCCAGUUUGACGCCAAAUCGAUCACCCAGUGCCUGACUGGCAAGAUGAUCAAUAUGUACGGAGACUCCACGAUGAGGCAGUGGUUUGAGUACCUCAGAGCGUUUGUACCAGAGUUCAACCUGCGCAGCCCAGCGCAGGCAGGGCCCUUCAUGGCGGUGGACUGUAAACACAACAUCCUGUUGAAGUACCGCUGUCACGGCCCGCCCAUCGGCUUCUCCACCGUCAGAGCCAGCGAGCUCCGCUAUGUGGCCAAUGAGCUGGACCGCUUGCCUGGAGGCCCCAACACCGUGGUGGCUCUCAGCCUCUGGGCCCACUUCAGCCCCUUCCCAGUGGAGGUAUACAUCCGCCGCAUGCGGCAUAUCCGCCGGGCGCUUGAACGGCUCCUGGCCCGGGGCCCCGGCACCCUGGUGAUCAUCCGGUCACCUAACUUAAGGGCCCUGGACAAGGAGAUGAGCCUGAACCACAGCGACUGGUUCUCGCUGCAGCUCGACAGGGUUCUCAGGAACAUGUUCAUGGGCCUGGCUGUUGUGUUUGUGGACGCCUGGGAGAUGACCUUAGCCCAUCAUAGCGCCCACAAUAUCCACCCGCCCCCGGACAUCAUCAAGAACAUGAUCAGUCUCAUCCUGACUCAGGUGUGUCCUGCAAAGAAGAGCUAGUGGCAAAGGCAAGGCAAGGCAAGGCAACUUUAUUUAUAUAGCACUUUUCAUACACAAGGCAGACUCAAAGUGCUUCACAUAUAAACAUUGUCAUACAAUAAAAUAAAAUAAUAGAUAAGUAAAAGAAAAACAUAUGCAAAGAAAUGGGUAAAAUAGAAAAUAAAGGCAAAGUUAAAAAAGCUUUUUAGAAAGUGCAAUGUAUUUAAGAUUUAGCAGAAAGCUACAGCAAACAUAAAAGUCAAAGAAAGAAAGAAGGAAAGUUGGAAGAGGCGUGCCGUCCCAGUGCUUGCAACAUCGUUGGGUUAUCCUGAUUCUCUUGCCAUGAACAAGUUACUUGUUACUCUUACUUUUUACAAAGGGGUAUUUUUUUUUAUACGAGGAGCUUUGCAUAAAGAGGCCUCUUGUAAAGCUCCAUGAACUGGAUUUAAAUAGACCUGAUUGUGGAGCAGGUAGGCGUUGAGCACCAUCCUUAAGGAUGCCUACAGGCAGAGGCGUCGUCAGCCCCUUUUUACUGGGGCACGUGCCCCAGUAAAAGUCUCCAGUGCCCCAGUAAAAAAUUAUUAAAUUAAUCUGCAGAAGCGCCGCACUCGCUAUGGAAUCGACAGGAUUCAUCAAGUACAUCUCCUGCUGCCUCGGGAGUCUUCAGUCGAGCCUGCCUCUUACCAGCCAAUCAAAAAACGAAAGGGGCUACAUAAAAGCCAAUCAGAAAAUAGCCCUAUUGUAUCUGGGUAAGAUUUAACGCAACAACCAAUGAAAAAAAUCAGUUAUUUACGGAUUCGUCCACGUGACUCUUCUGAAUGUUUCAGUGGUAAAGUGUGUAAAGUAUGACCAAGUGUUUCUUUCUGUUCAAUAGUCUAGAUAGAACUUUAUCAAUCCCCUGUAGGAGAAAUUUGUUAAUAAAACAAUGGUAAAAAAAAUAAGGAAUCUCCCACUUCCGGCUUCCAUGAAAGAGAACCAUACUAAUUCACACAAUAGCGUUGAUGCAAAUCCAGCAUUAAAGGUUAAUUUAAGGAAGUUCUCUCCAGUCACGCUGAAACUAGUUUGCUAGUAGUAGCGCUUUAAUUUGCAGUGUAAGAGAAUUCUGAGAAAUCUGAAUGCUGACAAAAUUCUCAGAAUUCUGACACUGCAAUUUAUUUGCACGCUACGACUA